AUGCAGCGUGCUACCCUCGUUGCGCAGCGCGCCGCCCGCCAGGCUGGCGCACUCAACAAGGUGGCCAAGGUCGCCUCGGCCGCUCCCUCGCAGCAGGCCCGCGGCCUCGCCACCGUCACUGACGCGCCCGUCCGCACCCAUGGCGGCCUGCGCGACCAGGACCGCAUCUUCCAGAACGCCUACAUGCGCCACGACCACCUCCUCAAGGGCGCCCAGUCCCGCGGCGACUGGCACCGCACCAAGGACAUUCUUCUCAAGGGCCACGACUGGAUCAUCGGACAGAUGAAGGAGUCUGGCAUGCGUGGCCGUGGCGGUGCCGGCUUCCCCUCGGGCCUCAAGUGGAGCUUCAUGAACAAGCCCGGCUGGGAGAAGGACCCCCGUCCCAGGUACCUCGUCAUCAACGCCGACGAGGGCGAGCCCGGUACCUGCAAGGACCGUGAGAUCAUGCGCGGCGACCCGCACAAGCUUAUCGAGGGCUGCCUUGUUGCUGGCCGUGCCAUGAACGCCAACGCUGCCUACAUCUACGUCCGUGGAGAGUUCUACCUCGAGGUCGCGCACCUUCAGCACGCCAUCAAGGAGGCGUACGCCGCCGGCCUGAUCGGCAAGAACGCCUGCGGCUCCGGCUACGACUUUGAUGUCUACGUCCACAAGGGAGCCGGUGCCUACAUCUGCGGCGAGGAGACGGCGCUGAUCGAGUCGCUCGAGGGCAAGCAGGGCAAGCCGAGGUUGAAGCCUCCGUUCCCCGCCGACGUCGGCCUCUUUGGCUGCCCGACGACGGUCGCCAACGUCGAGACGGUUGCCGCCGCACCCACCAUCAUCCGACGUGGCCCUGCAUGGUUCGCCGGCUUCGGCCGCGAGAAGAACUCGGGCACCAAGCUGUUCGCCAUCAGCGGGCACGUCAACAACCCGUGCGUCGUCGAGGAGGAGAUGUCGAUCCCGCUGCAGGAGCUCAUCGAGAAGCACUGCGGUGGCGUCCGCGGCGGCUGGGACAACCUGCUGGGCAUCGUGCCCGGCGGUUCGUCGGUCCCGGUGAUCCCGAAGCACGUCUGCGAGCGGGCGCUGAUGGACUUUGACUCGCUCCGCGAGAACCAGACGUCGCUGGGAACGGGCGCCGUCAUUGUGAUGGACAAGUCGACCGACAUUGUGGCGGCCAUUUCGCGCUUCUCCAAGUUUUACAAGCACGAGUCGUGCGGCCAGUGCACGCCCUGCCGCGAGGGAACGACGUGGAUGGCCAACAUGAUGGAGCGGUUCGAGGAGGGGCGCGCCAACCCGCGCGAGAUUGACCAGCUCUGGGAGCUGACGCGGUCCGUCGAGGGCCGCACCAUCUGCGCCCUUGCCGACGCCGCCGCCUGGCCCAUCCAGGGCCUGCUGCGCUGGUUCCGUCCCGAGCUCGAGGCGCGCGUCGAGGAGUUCCGCAAGCGCAACGGCGCCGUCCUCGCCGGCGGCCACCUGUACAAGGACCACGAGCAGGACCUCGCUUUCCCGCCCAACAUGGCGCUGCCGCACAUUGAGCACGUCGAGCGACACGUCUAA